ACCCACCGAUCAGCCACGAUUUAAGAAGUCAACCCUUUUCCCUAAUGAAACGAAUUUCUCCAAUUUUUCAAUUUUCCCAACUCUUCAAAUAUCUCAUCUCUUCUUGAGAAGUUGUUUUUUCCCUCUUUGUGCCAAUUUUUCUCUACUUUUCCAUUUUUCGUCUUUUCACAAAUUUUCUUUUUUUUUUGAAAAAGGGAUUCAAAACCACCUUUUCUAUAAAAGAGAUUUAUUAGCAUUUUUAAUUAAAUGUUAAUUGUGGAAAGUACCACGAGAAAGUAUUCUAAAUUCUAAGUAUUCUAACACGAAAAAAUAUUUACAAACCGUAUAAUUUAUACACUUUGUUUUAUUUGUAAAAACUAAAAAUCCUAAAAAAUAAGCUAGAAAUUUUAUAAACGGAAUAAAAAUAGAUUCUAAGGAAAAUUAUUUUGGGAAAAGAAGGUACCUUGAACUGAUAAGGCAACUGAUAAAGGUACUAGGUGAAGUUCAAGGAAAUAAGAUACAAGUGUUCGUAAAUCAGUGUUGAUAAAAAGUGAAUUGUGAACCGAAUGAAACUAAAUUUCCCCCCCAUAUCAAGUGUGUAAAAGAAAAUAAUCGUGUAAACCAGGAAAAAAAGUGAAAAUCUCCCAAAAUAUAUCACAUAGUGUGAGAGUGUGUGGAUUUUGAUUAUAACCACAGUGUAUUUGGAUUGUUAUCAAGGAAAAUCGAUUUAUCGUUGAAGCAGGAAGAUAUCAAGCAUUCCAUAGAGCGAGAGAGACGAGUACACGAGGUUGUGAGGAUUAUCGUGCAAUCUAAUCAACAAUCAGGCAGGCGUGAUGCGACAGCCGAGAGCUUAAGGGUUCACAGCCACCAAAAUGGGACGCAUGAGAGGACCCCUGCUUUUACCUAGGACCAUGGCGGACUUAUCGUUUCUACUGGUAAUCUUGCUAUUGCCAAUCACUCGAUCGGAAUCGGCUGUGGGUCCCGUGAACAAUGAAUUGGAUCUCGUUCCCGGUGUGAUCUCGCCUCAGUCCUCCUCCUCAUCAUCAUCCGCCUCAUCAUCCUCGUCAUCGUCAUCAGUCGUUGGAAUAAUACCUGGCAAUGGAGCGAACCCAGGUAAUUUGGGAUCCGCGUCAAUUGGCGGCGGAAGUGGACCGGGACACUCGAUGAUUGGCGGUCAUCCAGGAAAUGGAGGCAAUCACGGACUCGGCAGAUGUGAAGAAAUCACCAUUCCCAUGUGCAGGGGAAUUGGCUACAACUACACGGCAAUGCCGAAUGAAUUGAAUCACGACACACAGGAGGAGGCUGGAUUGGAGGUUCAUCAAUUUUGGCCCCUUGUGGAAAUUAAAUGUUCGCCGGAUUUGAAAUUUUUCCUCUGCUCCAUGUACACGCCGAUUUGCCUGCCGGAGUACAAUAAACCGCUGCCGGCUUGUCGGAGUGUUUGUGAGAGGGCGCGAACCGGUUGCGCUCCGCUGAUGCAGCAGUACGGCUUCUCUUGGCCCGAGCGAAUGGCCUGCGAGAGAUUGCCCAUGCAGGGCGAUCAGGAUAAUUUGUGUAUGGACCAGGACAAUAGGACGAGUACUUCGGAGCAAGGCGGUUCGGCAAGUCAACCGCCGUUGGCGCCCGCAGCUCCGCCCAGGCCCACGAGGCCAUCGAAGACCACGCAACCACCCAAAUGCAAACCUGGAAAGAAUCAAAAAAACUGUCAAAAUCCUCCGGGGGAAAGGGUAAGAGAGUGCGCGUGCAGAUGCAGAGCACCACUCGUCUACAAUCCCCUGGGGGCAGCGGGGGCAAACCCUGCAUUCCAUGGGACAGGAGCCACCGCCGCCAAAAUUCCCUGGUCGGGUCUGGUGCCCGUUCACAAUCAAGACAUUGUAGGAAUUCCAGAUUGUUACAUUCCGUGUCACGGGGCGUUCCUCACGACGGAGGAAAGGGGAUUCGCGGCCGUCUGGCUGGCUGUGUGGAGCGGCCUCUGCGCGGCAAGCACCCUCACCACCAUAACCACUUUUCUGAUUGACACCCAUCGCUUCAAGUAUCCGGAGAGGCCGAUUGUCUUCCUCUCGGCCUGCUACUUCAUCGUGUCCCUCGGCUAUCUCACCAGGAGUUAUCUUGGCCACGAGGAGAUUGCCUGCGAUGGACCGGUACUUCGCUCCGGGGCUCAGGGUCCUGGAAUGUGCGUCACAGUAUUUCUGAUGAUCUACUUCUUCGGGAUGGCAUCGUCAGUCUGGUGGGUUAUUCUCGCCUUCACUUGGUUCCUGGCGGCGGGACUCAAAUGGGGAAAUGAGGCGAUUGCCUCCUACUCGCAGUACUUCCACCUCGCGGCCUGGUUGGCCCCGACAGCCCAGACCGUCUGGGCCCUGCUGGCCGGAGGAGUCGCUGGCGACCCAAUCGCCGGAGUGUGCACCGUCGCCCCAGAGGGUGUCACCACGUUCAUUCUGGCUCCACUUCUAGUCUACCUUCUCCUGGGAACGAGCUUCCUCCUCGCGGGUUUCGUCAGUCUCUUCAGAAUCCGCUCGGUAAUCAAGCGUCAGCCGGGCGCCAAGGCGAACAAACUGGAGAAACUGAUGAUCCGCAUUGGCGUCUUCUCGGUGUUGUACACCGUUCCAGCGAGCGCGGUCCUCGCCUGCCAUCUCUACGAGUCGACAAUGAGGAACGAUUGGCUGGAGUCGUUGGCCUGCCCGUGCCAUCGUCGAAUUAGGCCCAUGUACUCAAUUCUGAUGCUCAAGUACUUCAUGGCUCUGGCGGUGGGCAUAACUUCCGGCGUUUGGAUUUGGAGUGGCAAGACUUUGGACUCUUGGCGAAGACGAUGGCGACGAGUGUUCGGCGAUGGGGUCGGAGUCGGCGCUGGUGGAAUCAGUGGUGUCACGGGUGUCAGUGGUCUUGGUAAUGUGUCAGGCGUGAAGGGAAUGGUCGGCCGCCCCUCAGCUCCACACUAUCCACCGCCUCCAGGUCCAGGAAGUGCUCUCCUCCCCCCAGGCAGCGUUGCCAGCGCCUCUCAACAUCAUCUCCAUCAUCAUGUCUUCAAGCAACAGCCCCUCUCACACGUAUGACGUCACCAGUCGGCGGGAGGGGACAUGAGCACCGCAGGCUGUGAAUCACAGCAACAAGAAAGACCCUCUGCUCUGAGCAACUACGGGCCCAUUUAGCCCUUCGCGUCGGCCUCCCGAAGGCAUACUCCGCACACCGCUCCGCACACGCCACAUUCGGCAGCCACAAUUUACUCCAGGAGAUCACUUGCCUCAACAGGACCCCUCACACCUGCUCAUGGACUCGCUCCGUCAUACACUCAAGCCACAGAAGUGUAGACUCCUGAUUAAAAUCGUGUCCCUUUUUCGAAUGUUCCCUUUUGCUUGCACCAAAACAUCCAACUUCUGUAAAUACAUCCAAAAAUAAAUAAAUCCCUUCUUUUUUACGUAAGUUUCAUUAUUCUGACGCUGAACACCAAUUUUUGGAAAAUAAAACCUGACGAUAUAAAAAAAAACACUUGAAUUUUAGUGCCUAAAUUAAUUCACGAAUUUACAGCCAAAGAAAUAAUGACUCUUACAUAAUGUUUGUUCUCUAACAAUAUUAAUAUAUAUAAGCAGCAAUUAUUAGAAUGUAGAAAACACUGAAAAAGCAACGAAAUGGGAACAUUCCAAAACGGAAGGCGAAUGA